AUGUUAGAGAACUACAGAAACCUGGUCUUCCUGGGUAUUGCUGUCUCUAAGCUAGACUUGAUAGCUUGUCUGAAGCAAGGGAAAGAGCCUUGGAAUAUGAAGAGACAUGAGAUGGUAACUAAACCCCCAGUUAUGCGUUCUCAUUUUACGCAAGACCUUUGGCCAGAUCAGAGCGUGAAAGAUUGUUUCCAAGAAGUAAUACUGAGAACAUAUACAAGAUGUGGACUUAAGAAUUUACAAUUAAGAAAAUAUUGUAAAAGUGCCAAUGAGUGUAAGAUGCAUGAAGAAGGUUAUAAUAAACUUAACCAUUGUAGGACAACUACCCAGAGAAAAAUAUUUCAGUGUAACAAAUACAUGAAAGUCUUUCAUAAAUAUUCAAAUUCAAAUAGAAAUAAGGUUAGACACACUAAAAAGAAAGCUUUCAUAUGUAUAAAAUGUAGCAAAUCAUUUCUCAUGCUUUCACACUUCAUUCAACAUAAAAGAAUUCAUACUAGAGAGAAUAUCUACAAAUGUGAAGAACGUGGCAAAGCCUUUAAAUGGUUCUCAACCCUUAGUAAACAUAAGAAAAUUCAUACUGGAGAGAAACCCUACAAAUGUGAAGAAUGUGGUAAAGCUUUUAACCAGUCCUCAACGCUUAAAAAACAUAAGAUAAUUCAUACUGGAAAGAAACCCUACAAAUGUGAAGAAUGUGGCAAAGCUUUUAACAGUUCCUCAACCCUUAUGAAGCAUAAGAUAAUUCAUACAGGGAAGAAACCGUACAAAUGUGAAGAAUGUGGCAAAGCUUUUAGGCAAUCCUCACACCUUACUACACAUAAAGCAAUUCAUACUGGGGAGAAACCUUACAAAUGUGAAGAAUGUGGCAAAGCUUUUAACCAUUUCUCAACCCUUAGAAGACAUAAGAUAAUUCACACUGGAAAGAAACCCUACAAAUGUGAAGAAUGUGGCAAAGCUUUCAGCCAGUCCUCAACCCUUAGAAAACAUGUGGUAAUUCAUACUGAAGAGAAACCCUACAAAUGUGAAGAAUGUGGUAAAGCUUUUAGGUGGUCAUCAAAACUUACUUUACAUAAGGUAAUUCAUACUAGGGAGAAAUUGUACAAAUGUGAAGAAUGUGGCAAAGCUUUUAACAAUUUCUGCACCCUUAUGAAACAUAAGAUCAUUCAUACUGGGGAAAAACCCUACAAAUGUGAAGAAUGUGGUAAAGCUUUUAAGUGGUUGUCAAAACUUACUGUACAUAAGGUAAUUCAUACUGGAGAGAAACCCUGCAAAUGUGAAGAAUGUGGCAAAACUUUUAAGCAUUUCUCAGCCCUUAGAAAACAUAAGGUAAUUCAUACUGGAAAGAAACCCUGCAAAUGUGAAGAAUGUGGCAAAGCUUUUAGCCAGUCCUCAACCCUUAGAAAACAUGAGAUAAUUCAUAGUGGAGAGAAACCCUACAAAUGUGAAGAAUGUGGUAAAGCUUUUAAGUGGUUUUCAAAACUUACUGUACAUAAGGUAAUUCACACUGGAGAGAAACCCUGCAAAUGUGAAGAAUGUGGCAAAGCUUUUAAGCAUUUCUCAGCCCUUAGAAAACAUAAGAUAAUUCAUACUGGAAAGAAACCCUACAAAUGUGAAGAAUGUGGCAAAGCUUUUAACAAUUCCUCAACCCUUAUGAAACAUAAGAUGAUUCAUACUGGGAAGAAACCAUACAAAUGUGAAGAAUGUGGCAAAGCUUUUAAGCAAUCCUCACACCUUAUGAGACAUAAAGUAAUUCAUACUGGGGAGAAACCCUACAAAUGUGAAGAAUGUGGCAAAGAUUUUAACAAUCCCUCCACCCUUAAGAAACAUAAACUAAUUCAUACUAGGGAGAAAUUGUACAAAUGUGAAGAAUGUGGCAAAGCUUUUAACAAUUCCUCAACCCUUAUGAAACAUAAGAUAAUUCAUACUGGGGAGAAACCCUACAAAUGUGAAGAAUGUGGCAAAACUUUUAACAAUUUCUCAACCCUUAGGAAACACAAGAGAAUUCAUACUGGGGAGAAACCCUACAAAUGUGAAGAAUGUGGCAAAGCUUUUAACAAUUUCUCAACCCUUACUAAACAUGAGAUAAUUCAUUCUGUAGAGAAACCCUACAAAUGUGAAGAAUAUGGCAAAGCAUUUAACCAGUGGUCACACCUUACUAGACACAAAACAAUUCAUACUGGAGAGAAACCCUACAAAGGUGAAGAAAGUACCAAAGCUUUUAAGGAAUCCUCACCCCUUAUUAGGCAAAUUAAUACUAGAGAGAAACCCUACAAAUGUGAAGAAUGUGGCAAAGCUUUUAACCAUCCUUCAACCCUUACUAAACAUAAGAUAAUUCAUACUGGGGAGAAACCCUAA